GAACAAUUCAACAAAACAUCGAUACUCGGUCGCAGAUUCCACCUGGAUGAAAAGAACCAGAAAGAAGACCUUGAAAACCGAAGUUUGCUAUCCGACUCACACCGUUAAACACAAUCUAACGUUGAGCAAACGCUAUCGCAUCAGAGAGGGAUCUGUCGAAAACAAAAUCAAAGAACUGGAAGACAGGGUCAAGCAACAGAGAAAGCUGAAAUCGAAAAUGUUUAAAACGAAACGCAUUACUUAUCCUACGUUGAUAGAGCACGCGAUAAAAAAGGGCAGAUUUAAUACGAUUACCGUAGAAAAUAAGGACCCUGAAAAACCACCGUUUCAGUGGCAGCCUUUGAGCGAACUUAAAAUUGAAGUUAUAAAACAUGAGCCGGAGGAGGAGAAGGAAUUUCAGGAACUUUGUGAAGCGUUAGAAGCCAAGAAAGUCGUCGAAGAAAUCGAAGGCCUGAUAAAAACCCAUCCGUCCAUCGAACACCCCCCUAACAAAGAGGUGAAAAUGAAGUUGAAGAACCAAUUUAUGCAACUUUUGAUCAAUCACGGUAAAAAACGACAAACACCUCCAACAAAUAAGGAAACUAACGAUGAAAUGGAUAAGAAAUUAACAAAAUUAGAAGAAUCAAAAUCGUGUAAAGCUGAAGAAAACGUUGAAGAAAUACAUCCAAACGAGGUUGGAGAAAUUGAACAAGCAACUCAAGAUAAAGAAAUCAUUACAAAGUAUCCCCGAAUGUCCAACGCACAAGAAGUUGCAGAUGUUAGAUAUGCCAAAACUAUGAGGUUCGACGAUGGCAAUCAUUUUGACAUAGAUAAGGUUUGCAUAAAAGAAACAGCCACCAAAAUUGGUUCAGGAAUUGUCUCUAGGGAAUACGCUAAAGCAGCUCCAAGCCCAAACUACAAAAAACUUAACGAAGAAGCUCAAAAAGUACCAAAACGCGUUCAAAAACAACAAUCUGCAAAGUGCAAACUUGUUAGGGAAAAUUCCAAACCAAAUUACCAGCAAGUCGAACAAGAAGCCAAAGAUUUAUCAUACUUUAUAGGAAAAAUGAAAAGUGAAAUCACUGAUAAGAAUUCCAAUAAUAAACUUGUAGAAUUAAAACAAGAACAUUUGAUGAAUUUGUCAGAAAUGCAAAAAUUACAAUUAAAUCCAUUUGAAAAUAUUAAUAUUGAUAAGCAGAGAAUAAAUUGUAGACAACCUGAGCAAAGAGUUAUUCGAUGUGGUAAUCAUCCUAAUGACCCAGCAAAAAUUGCUGAUCCAAAAAUGAUGGGUCCUGAAAAAAAAUUAGCUGAACCUACUCCUCUUUUACCUUUGACCUCAGAAGAUAAACCUCCAAAACCCUUAAUUGUCGAUGAAUUAAUGAAAAAUCAAAUUAAAAUUAUCGAACCUAAUGUUAUUGUUCCCAUUAUGAUGCAACCUUUGGAUGAAGGGAACGAAGUGGAAAAAUUGAAUGACAGAGCAAAAGCGGCCGAACAAAAAUUCAUCAGACGUAAACUAAGAAAAGAAGACCAAAAACAACGUAAUAGUGUUAGAGAUAAAACGUCCUCGUUGGAAAUACAACCUAGAUACGAUAAAAGUGAGCAUCGUUUAGAAGAAAAGGUUGAAAUAGCAAAACAAUUUAAAAGAAAAAUUGAAGAGCUCGAAAUAGUUUUGGAUACGCAAGACGGUAAAGCUCCGAAAUUGAAAGAAAAACCUACUGGUCUUAAAGAAAUUAGAUACGACGAAAUAAAUACCAUUGCUGAAAAAUUGAUUAACAAAAACAAGAGGCAUCGAAAAAGUCAAAGUUUUACAGUGGAACAGUUGAAUCGUAAAAAGGAAUUCAAAAAAAGCACAGCGAGGAUUGUAGAAGACGAAUUGAAACGCAUACAAGAUAAAAGUGCCUUGGAGGGGUCAUAUUGGAGGCAAAAGUAUGAACCGGAUCCAAGUAAAACAAAAAUAAUUGCACACAUUUUGCCAGAGACUGGCAAAAAAGAUACUGGUAAUGUGGAGGAUAUAGCAUCACAUCCAGAACCUUCAAAAGAAGAAAUAGACGAUAAUCUAACCGAUACGGUUUCACCUCAAACCAUCUAUCCGACUGUAAAGAGACAAACAAACUUGACCGAAAAACCUGUAGUUGACGAUACAAAAGAAAUAAAAACCACUGAUGUAAUUAUCGAAGAAUCCAACAUCGAUGACGGUGUAUUGUUGAAACCUGGUGACGAAAUUGUAAUCUUGGAAUCAAAACAGGCCCAACUGAUAGACUCAGGAAACGCCAAAUAUGAUUCUGAAGAACAUCAGAAUACCCGAAUCAAAAUCGACAUAAUGUUGCAGAAAAUUGGCGAAUUGAAAGAAAUCAUCAAGGCGCAGAAUACUCAGAAGAACGCCGAGAAUAUGCCUAGGGUACCGCCGCCAAGUUAUAGGCCACAAAUUGAUAAAGAUAAAAAGAAUAAAAACAUAAAGGGUGAUCCCAGACCGAGAGAGCUCCAGGACAUGAUUAUGCCACCCAGAAAAACUUCUACGGGUGCAUCCAUUUCAAAAGAACCUGAUAAUGAUAAAGUUGGUGAAAAACAAGUUUCUGGAAACAUCACACAAGCUAAUCAAGUACUUAGAGUAGAAUCAGUUUCGUCCAAAUUAUUGACCAAUGAUUCGCCUGGAAACACGAAUAAACUACCCUCUUUGGACGAGGAAUCGAUUGUGAAAGACUACUUAAUCAGAAGGGAUAAUUUAAAAGUCGGCAAUAUCCUAUUACCAGAUAAUGGAUAUGUUAUUAAUAAAAUCAAUAGACCUUUAGAGCUUGAGAAACCCAAACCUUUAGAGCUUGAGAACCCCAAACCUUUAGAGCUUGAGAAACCCAAACCUUUAGAGCUUGGGAAACCCAAACCUUUAGAGCUUGAGAAACCCAAGAAAGAUACAAUGGAAGAAGGCACUCUACAAGAUGUUGAAGCAAAAGUUGAGAAAAAAGUUGAAACAACAUUUGACAAUUAUGAAGAUUUAAGUUUACUCCAUAGUACCGCUAGUGUUUUCAAUACUAUUACGGAAAGUAAACCAAAAAAUACAAAAAUACAACAAUUUGUUUUUGCCCAAGAACCAAAACUGAACACAAAAAUAAUUUAUCGCAAACCUGGCAUUUUUGCUAAUGGAAAAGCUGCUCUGGAAAAACAAGUAGAUGAUUCAAAAAGUAGCAUAAGUAAAACGGUUUCCAGUCAACGACCAUUAUCUGCUCAGAAUUCAAUAAAGCAAACAACCAAUAGGCAAGUUCCUGUUCAAUGGAAAAACCAAUAUUUAACGAAAAAGACGUAUAGCAACCCAAAUAUUGCAUCCACAAACCAAAUUCCUACUAAAAAAGCACCCACUAACCCAAUUCCACCAAAAAAAACAUCUACAAUUCAAAAUCCAGAAGUUUCCGGGUGUCCAAACCAUGAACACGAUUUUUCGACUAAUGAAGAAAUCAAUUGCCCGGCAGCCAAGAGAAAAACAAUGCUAUUAAUUAUGCAAAGCUAUGAAAGUGCCAAGUCUAGCAAAAGAGCUUCUAGUUGCCCACCAAAGGAUAGUGAUAAUACAAAACCUGGAAUGACCGAAUCGAAAACAAAAUUUUCCAGUUGGUCAACACAAAAUAUCAGCAGCAAUAACCUCGAGAAAAAUGUUCCACUAGAAUCCACCCAAGUCCCCUCAAAACUGAGAGACGUUUUUUCAGCUAUAGAGCCUAUUAGCAAAAAGUUUGAAGCUGAUCAAUGUGGUAAUUUUUCAGUGCAAAAAAAAUCCUCAGAAUUCGAGCCUUUUUCUAUUAACCAAACAAAAUCCAUUUUGAAUGCUGAAGCUUCCCCUCAAAACAACAAUGCAGCUGCUUCAGAAGAAAAACCAAUUAUCGAUGAAUCAAAUAUGCACAAGUCAACUGAAAGUCAAAGUAUCCAAUUAUUACACGAUGCGGAGUCCAAAAUUAAUAAAGAUAUUAACAUUGAAAACAAUUUCAAACCUGAACAAUCGGAAGCUUCUUUUGUAGAAGAUGGAUGGGUGAUUGGGGUUAAACAAUUACUAGCGGUCAAUCAGGACAUAAUAAAUAAAAAUCAAACUCCAGAGACAAACAAAUUGAAACAAGAAUUAUUGGAAAGAGACAAAUUGGAAGAAUCCAAAAACGAGGAUGCGAAUGUGAAUAUUCUAUCAGAAUUAAAACCAGCUAGUGUAUUUUUGGCUAAAAAUAAAAAUGAAGGUCUUUGUUCGGCUGACUGUAAUUUGUGCCAAGAUUGCCCGAUAGCAGUAUUGAAUAUAACUCUACCAAAAUUGCCAUCUUCGGAAGGUAAAAAUGAGCCGCAUUACAAGAAAUUCUCAGCACAUGCUAGAGAAAUAAUAUCUAAAGCAGGAAACCGUAAGACAAAACCCUUGAUUAAAAACGUCACAAAAGCAAAGGAUGAUAAAGAUAGAAAGUCAAUAUUUGAAUUGAAAACCUCUGGCAAGCUUUCCACAAUAAAAAAAGCCGAUCCACCUAAAAAAAAGCUGAUUAGAGCAACAACUUCAGACCCAAUAUUCGUUAAAGUGGAAGAUGCUGAUUUGACAUUUAAAAUACAAAAGCUCGCCAAUCAGAAGGUUCGAGAUUUCUACAUGACAGAUGAACCACAGGAAGAUCGAGAACUUAUAAUCUUCAAUAAAGGUUCGAUUAAAAGAAGUUUAAGCGAUUCAAAAGUCAAGCAAAACUCAGGAAAUGAUAUACACGAAGAAAUGAUGCAGUUGAACAGGAAAUAUGCGUUAGCUUUAAAAGUUAUCGAAGAAAAGUUGGCCAAAAAACGUCAAAGUUUGGAUGCAAAAGCUCUAAAAAUUAAGCAAAUUGAAGCUAUCCAAAAAUCUCCCAAGGAAAAUAUUGCAAAGCUAGCAGAUCAAAUUGAAACUAUCCAAUUAUCUCCCAAAGAAAAUAUUGCAGAUCUAGAAAAACGCAUAAAAUCCCAACAAAUUGAGGAGAAAAAAAUAAUUCAAAAAUCACUGAGAAAUGUUACAUCGAAGUCCACACCAAAAGUGGCUUCAAUGUUAAGAAUUAAAAAACUUGAAAAGCAAUUUAAAUAUCUUAAGCCUGCAGCAGAAGUACCCUCGAGAAAAUCUUUAUUAGAUGAUACUGUUUUGAGAUGUGAUAGACCACAAACCGAGCCGCAACCAGCUCAUAUAAAUAAAGAAGCUGUGAAAAAUGAAAUUAAAGCCUGGACAAACACUAUUAAUAUAAACAAGCGACCUACGACUAUGCAAAGUAGGACAGCAUAUUAUGAAGAAGAGGAUAAUGCUACGAAAAACUUUCUAAACUCAUAUUCGCUGAGAAAGAAGAAAGAAUCUGAAUUAGAGAAAAAAAACACAAUGGAAGGUAUACAAAGAAGCGAAUAUAAAAGUGAAUUAGCAGAGAAAUCCUAUCGUAAAGCGUCCAGAAUGAAAAAAGAUUGUGUUGCCGAUUUAAAUACCCAAGCCGAUGAAAUGGUCAGAAAGCCAAAAGUGUUAUACAGCACUGGUAAACUAGAAGAUGCCAAGCCGAUUCAGUCGAGCAGUGGAAAUGCCUCCUGGGGUAACAAAAAACUUAAAAAUGAUCCCUCAUCAAAGAAUGACUUGACAGGGAAAAGAUGUUACCAUUACGCUUCAAGUGUAUCCAGAGACUUCAACAGGCUGAUGUCUAAAAGAGAGUAUUUGGAAUUUAAAAGAAUUGAAGCAGAGGAAAACAAGAAAAAACUCUCAAUCGAAGCAGGCAACAAACCUCUUGAGAUAAAAACUGCAGCAACCGAAAUGUCGACAUAUAAAAAUAUGUAUGGAGAUAGAAAAACGCAAAGCAGAACAGAAAAUCGCGAAAGUGUUUCAGAAAUAAAUAAAAAAAAAUCUGACGGUUUUAAUCAAAAAACCGAAAAAUUUUCAAUGCAAAUACAAAAAAAGGCAAAUCAAGAAAUAAACGACAAGCCAGUUGAAAAUAAAAAACAAACAAUCCAUAGAAAAGAAACAAGAAAUUAUUAUGGAAUUGAAGAAAUUAUAAAUAGAUUUCAAGCAAAAAAACAUUCCGAUCAGGAAAUACUAUUCAAAGAAACUGAAAUGCAAAUAUACCAAAAAAAUUAUGCUACCGUGAAGACAACAAAGGUUCAAAAACCUAAAUCUGGAAAAAAUCCAAUUCAGAAAGAGCCUGUAGCAGUGAAACCAACGUUGGAAAUAAUUUAUCAGCAAAAUAUAGUAAACACUGAGAAAGAUAUAGUAAACACUGAGAAAAAUAUAUUUACCACUGAGAAAAAUAUAGUUAACACUGAGAAAAAUAUAGUAAACAGUAAGAAAAAUAUAGUAAACACUGAGAAAAAUAUAGUAAAUACUGAGAAAAAUAUGGUAAAGACUGAGAAAAAUCUGCAAAAGCUACAAGAUAUAAAAAACAAGGCAAAGACUGAGAAAAAUCUACACACUGAGAAUAAUAUAGUAAACACUGAGAAAAAUAUGGUAAAGACUGAGAAAAAUAUACAAAAGCUACAAGAUAUAAAAAACAAGGCAAAGAUUGAGAAAAAUCUACACACUGAGAAUAAUAUAGUAAACACUGAGAAAAAUAUGGUAAAGACUGAGAAAAAUAUAGUAAAGACUGAGAAAAGUCUACAACAGCUACAACAAGAUAUGAAAAACAAAAUUUUAAAUAAAACCGUGAGAAAUAUUGAAACAGAAUUGGUAUUAAUUAAGGAACCAUUAGACACUAUAGAACACAAAAAAAUCAAAGAAGGCUUAGAAAAAAUAAACAAAAUAAAAUUAGCAAAAUCUGAAACGAAAUUAAUCAAAUCGAAAAUGGAAAAACCAAAGUCAGCAACUAACAAAACUAAAUUAGAAAUAUACGAAAUCCCUUUGAUACCCAAAAAACCAAAAGCCGAUUUGCACAUGAAAGUCCAAUAUGAAGUCGAGGCGCAAAAGAAACUAAAAUUGAAAGUGGAGCCUCCCGAACUGACCACUGACGCUAUUAAUUUUAAAAUAGCCAAAUUGACCAACUUGAUGAUUGACGAUAUGAUAUUGAAAAAACACGCCGAGACAAAAUUUCUUAAAUCAGCCAAGGUUGACAGCAAGGGUCCAGUGAAGAAAAAAGAAAACAAGGGUAUAGUUGUAAAGUCCAUCAUAAAAUCUGAUCUAAAACGCAAGGCUUCUGAAACUACUUCAAAUCGAUCCCACAAACUUCAUGAAAGCGCGACAAUCGAUUUACUACAAAAAAUUGAUUCCAAACCAGCACAAAAAAAUCCUACUACGAAAAAAGAAAUUGAAAAUAAACCCAAAAAUGUGACACAAGAACAAAAAUCACCUAGUCUAGGGAACCUAAUAAAACCAAAGAAGGCCAAUACCGCGGUAACAAUAAAUAUGGCCAAAAAGGAUGGUAAAAGUUCGAAGAAGUCUGAGAAAGAUAAAAAAGAUAAAGAAGAAACUUUUAUUUUAAAGCGGAACCUGUGCAAACCACCAAAAAGGACUCCGAAAACCAAAACCCCACUGAUAAAAAAGGCCCAAAAUCCAACUAAAAAAUAUGGUAUAAAAAUUGUCUUGCCAUUGAGAAACAUUAAAGAAGCCAACAAGGAAUUCUUCGAAUCUUACGAGUCAACUUUGGAAAAACCUGUUGGUGACAAAAUCAAAGUUGUGCCAAAGGAAAUUUUGGACAUGGAAAAGAAGAAAAAAAUAGCAGAAGAUGCGUUUUGGGAACAGAUGAAGCAUUUCAAUCCCAAUAAAUAUAAACAUUUACGCAUAAGUUAUAUGACCGUUAAAAAGCGUCCCAAGAAACAAGAAAAAUUUCUUCCGGACACCACUGCUCAAGACAUGGAAGAAGUAAAGCUGAGUGAGGAAGCGAAAAAUCGAAUCAUCAAUUUCAGAUUUGAAUUAUUAAGAAGGCUCAACGAAGAAUUCCAAAAACGUUGUAACGAACAGCACUCAAAUGAUAUACUUGAAACGUCAAAAGUGAAGGAUGUCAAUGAAAUUGAUAAAAACACUAGCAAAACUAUGAAUUCUAUUGGCAAGGCAAACUUUUAUUCCAAAAUUAUAAAAAGCAAUAAAACUCCUCCAAAAAAACCAGGCAACGAUCCCGAUAAUGAUAAUCCUAAAGGAGUAAGACGUUAUUCAACAAAUAACAAUGAAACAGAUGAAUGCUGUGACAAAACUGACGAAAACAAAAUGGAUAGUUCUUGUGCUAGUGACAAAAUCAAUAAUGAACUCAUGGAAAAAAUAGAAGCCUACAACAUAUCAAAAGUAGUCCCCAAGGCUUUUGAAGCUGCGAGUCCCAAAUUGGAAAAGCAACAGCGCGAUAAUCUGUAUCACAGGACCCACUCGUGGACAUAUUAUGAUUUGAACAACUACAUGCACGAUCAAAGGGUUUUUUCUUUAGAUAAAGCACAGAAAAAAAAGAAGGUUGAUUCUGAUAAGAAAGAUCAGAAAAAGUAAUAUUAGGGUGUGAUAUACAAAAUUAAUUUUGUGCCAUUUUCUUUUUGUAAAUGUAUUACUAAUAAAACACUAUGUCUGUAAUGGUGGUGGAAUUGAAUUUUGAACAAUGAAAAUUGGACAAAUUUGAAAACUCUUUAUUAAAAAAUUAAACAUGUAAUUCUAACGUUUCAUAUAAAUGUAUCACGUUUCAUUUAAAUGUAUCACAAAAAAAAAUAUUAUUCUUUAUUAUCAGUAAUUAAGUGCCUUUCAACAACCUACUAAUGGAUAUGGCAACAAAAGAAUUCUCGUUCCAGGUGUAAGACUUUUCCAUAUCUUGCCACCAUACCUUGUUGCACAGCGUCAACCAAUGAAAAGUAAGCUUGAUGCCAAGAGCAGCUCAAUUUUGAGAAAUUUCUGAAAAAAAUAUAUUUUUGGUAAUUUCUCCUAAGAAAUCAAGACUUUUAUGUACUCUCAGGGCCUGUAUAUACCUACUACUAACCACAUUUUAUAGCUUUUGAGUUGUUUAAUAGAAAAAUAUAAUUGGAAGCCUUACCUAUGAAGAAAAUUGAAACAACUCUGCAAUAUUUCAAUGCGCCUAUCCAAAGCUAAUUGCCUCAAAUGAUCUGCGAGCAUUUCCACGUCCACAUUUGACGGAUCUGUUUCGGAUUUUAUCCAAAUUUUGAUGCCUUCUUUUAUUUGUUCCCAGGUUUGAUUGGCAAAAGGCGAGUAUUUGGUCCUUUGACUAGUUUCAGAUAAAUUU